AGCGGCUUGACCAAUUGUCGUUCGAUUCUUUUGGUUAGAAAAAUGACGAUUGGUUUGCGGAACGUCCAUCGGGCCGUUCGACGCGAACGGAAGCGACAUCUGGUUGUUGUCGCGAACCUGGUAAAAACGUUUCUCCCGUAAGAAGUCACAGAUGGCCGUCUGAAAUCAACAACCGGUACAAGGAACGAGCAAAGUGACGCGGUUAUGUACGCAAAACAAUCGCGUCGUACGCGCAAAACGUCUUGAAACAUGUAAGGAGCCGUCACCGUUAGUGCCGUCGUCGCCUUCAAAUUUUCCGUUCCUUUUUGUUCUGCCGUCAGCGGUGAAAAGCGAAAACGUUCAUUCGGUUCUCCCGUCGCCUUCACGAAUCGGUAUUUAUCAUCGGUGACGUACGGUUUUUCGGAGUACCGAGGCCAAACACAAAUCGACGCACGACGAUGAGCGCGAACAAUGUGCAAGCGCUGUUCGCGUGCUCCAGAUGCUUUUCAAGGCAUCCGUUCGAGGAACUCUCCCCGGGGCAGCAAUUGUGCAAGGAGUGCAGAGGUGCAUUUCCAGUGGUGAAAUGUACGUAUUGUAGGUCAGAAUUCCAGCAAACAAUAAAGGGUAAUACAAGCACUAUAUGUAAAAAAUGUGAGCAAAAUGUGAAAUCUUAUGGUAAGCCAUCGGCCUGUGAAUAUUGCAAUACGAUAGCUGCAUUUAUCGGUAGCAAGUGUCAACGAUGUACUAACUCCGAAAAACGUUAUGGACCACCGGUUACUUGCGAGCAAUGCAAACAGAAGUGUGCCUUUGACAGACAAGACGAAGAUAAGAAGGUUGAUGGAAAAUUGUUAUGCUGGCUGUGUACAUUAUCAUACAAACGAGCAUUGGCGAAAACAAAACAAUCGGAUGCAGAAAGGAGGGCACAUUUGAAAUUGGCACAACAGCGGGCAGCAAAGCACAAAGAACAAAAAAUGAAAGGUCACAAUAAGAGACCGCACAGAGUAGACGUAACUAAGCUACCGCCUCAGUCAGAGGGUGGCGACACGAAUGGCCCUGCGCCGGUGAAAGCUGCGAGGAUGGUCGGUGUCCAUGAUCCCCACGAUCCGAACAGUUCGGAUCACGUGGUCGCGGUGACGCAACUCAAAGAAAAAAUAGCCCAUCUUCAGAAGCAAAUCUCCAUUAAAGAUGGACAAUUGCUCGCCAAGGAUAGACAGAUCACUGAAUUGAAAGCGAAAAACUUCACCUCGGAGACGGAACUGCGCAACAAGAUGAAGGCUACGGAGAAAGAGUACGAAGCCAAAAUAUCGACGAUGCAACUCAAGAUCUCUAGUUUAUUGAAAGAGGUUGCUUCCUUAUCGAAGAGUUCCAAGCGAGGCGACAGAGUGGCUGCAACGAAAACGGAAGCUGGGACCAACAGCGGAAGCGGAACAGACAGUCCUGUACCUUGAUAAGGUAGGACAUUUCACAUCCUCAUUUAUUCUUCGUCAAUUAAUGUUCGGACCAUAAUAUUCUACGUUUAUCAUUUUUAAUUCGUCGACGCAACAUAUCCUUGCAAACAAUAAAAUGUUUUACAAUUGACCAUGUUUAGCGUUUGGUAUGGUAUUUUAUUUUGUGAUUCAGCGUUCUUGGCUUCUCGAUAUUUCGUUUUCCGUUCGGAGCCAAACGUUACGAGAAGGAUUCCAUUUAUGAUUCAUUGUGCUUUUAGUUUUGUGAUCUAGCGUUUCGAAGUACGCGUGUAUGAGAAUAUAUAUUAUUUUCGCUACCUCGAUCAUAUAUUUUCUUACGAGUUCUCUCGGACUUUUUCUAAAACUAUUUUAAGGCCGUGCUCGGUCGCGCGAUACUAAUUACGCGCCCGAGAUCUACCGAGUAUAACACGAAGAGUGAUCAAAGAAUGUUAGACGAUUUCGCUUCGUACCGUUCGCUCCGGCGUUCAUUGCCUUUCUCAUCCGCGUUAUCGGUGCUUCGUGAUUUUCGUGUACGAGACCACACGCCGUCUCGUCGGUGAUUUCCGUUCGACGUGCAUAUCCCAAGCAAAAUGUCGUUCCCAUAAGAAACACGAGAAUGCAAAGAAAGUAGCGACAUGUCACAUUUGUCCGGGAGAUGAAAGACUUUUUCUUCAAAUUGUUUUCAGGGACUUGGUUAGCUGUGACAACAUACUCGAAUGUCCAUACCCGCAUAAAUCAUGUGGUACAUUACGUAUAGCUAAUUGUUUCCAUUAACAAGGCAAAAUCUGUAUUAUUUUUCUAAUUAAUAUAGGAAUAUGUAUAUUGUCCUCGACGCGUGUAGACAUGUGAUCUUACGCAUUUUUCUUACGUCCGGGGGAUGACGAUGCGAAUGGCUGAGAAAAGAAAGAAACUGAAACACACAUGUACACAAGCACACGGACACGCUCACAUUCCACACUAACACACUUAUACAAAAUACACACAUAAAUACACACACCACACACAAAGUAAUUGUUACUCUCGUAAGUUAGGUAAUUUUCCAAGCCCUCCCUGCCGUUACGUUUCGUUUCGAUAUCCGCGGCCGCGAGUGUUCGGCAGAGUUCGUUCGUCGGCGACGAGUAAGAAGCCACGCGCGAUCGUUUGAAUUGUACAAUAAAGAAUCGGUGAUAACGCGAAAUUAUGUCCGACGGGACACGGGUGUUUUAACAAACGAGAAACUGAAAGUAACGAACGCAGAAACACGAGAAAUGUGUCGAUAACCGCGAAGAAACGAAAACAGACUUGUAUAUGUGCCGCAGACACGUACACACGUACAUACACACACUAUGGAUAAUUGAGCAAUAGUGCUGCUGUAACAUGUCUCUUUUUUUUUCCUAUUUAUAAACGAUGAAGAUGUAAACGACGAUGAAAACCAGGAUAUGGUGAUUGUAGAUCAAUUUACAAUAAAAGGUU